GCAGCAUCGCCAGGCAAGCGGCACCUCGGUGUACUCCCUCGCGGCGCGUUACGCGUUCUUCAGGCUACCGCGAUCGGCAGCGACGAGCGAGCUAGUGAAAUUCGCGCGCGUCCACCUCGUCGCGUCGCGUUGCCGUCUCGAGCGCUUCGCGAACGCGCCUUGUUCCACUUUUCGCGCUCUCUCUCUCUCUCUCUCUCUCUCUCUCUCUCUCUCUCUCUGAUAUACUCCGGCGGCCGCCGACGAGGACCCGGUUCUCGGUGAGAUCGGAGCGAAACCGCCCGUGACAGGAGGAACCUUGAUUCGCGGUCGCGGAACGUCUCUCCCGGUUCUUACGUGCGAGUGUAUCGGUGUUUGAACAGCAGUGACGCGAGUGACAAGCGGAUGGUAUCCGCGACAAUCGCCGAUGCGAAGACCCAAGUCGCAUUCUCGGAGAGUGAAACACGCGUCUCGGCCGACUCGCCCGCGCCGCGAAGCCAUCGAUCGCGAAGGUCGAGGCUGAAGGUCGCGCGAGGAGUCUUCGCCACCUCCGGAAACUCAGUGAUCUGACGUUUAGUUAUCCCGACGACGUCGAGGACGACGACGACGCCGCGCUUUUCACCCUGCGAAGCGACGAGAUGCCGAGAGUCGGCUCGCGUCAACGCGCUCUGCCGGUGUAACAACGUGUCCCCGGCGUGAAUCGAUGACGGAGGUGGUGACCAAGAGAUCGUGAUAUAAUCGCGAAACGGGCGCUCGUCGAUGCACGAUGUCGCGGCGCGAGCAGACACGUGACUGAGAGGGAUCCUGGCUGCGGUGAGGGUCCUAACCCGGGGUCCUAACCGGGAGAAUCAGACAUCGGAGUGAAGAUAGGCGGGAGUGACCGUCGCGGGAGGAUCGAGCUGGCUGGGUUUCGUUGCGACGCUAUACUAGGAAUAACAAUGUCCUAGCGAAGGCAGGACCUCGUCUCUAGGCCGAUCCCCCUUAUCCUGAUCCACUUCUCUUCUCCAAAAGAACCUACACACACGCAACAUACUACACCCCGUCGGUCCCGAUCACCAACGUACACCCAUCUACACCGUUCGCGUUGAUACAGAUUUCGCCGCACACACGCGAUCGGCCGCGCGCGCAUACGUACAUACACGCGUACAGAGAUACAUUCGUGUACCAGGGCGAAGAGGAUAAAAGAAAAGAGAGAGACGUAGACACGGAUACGAGUAUACACAGGUACACACAUACGCGCGCGCGCGCGCGCACGCGUUUGCUUUCGACGCCCCUGUUCCUUCUCUCUGCCUCUCGUUCUUUAUCGUCGAUCCCGCGCGACGAGACCCAUCAUCGCGCACCCGCAACCCUGAACACGCAGGACGACGCAGCAAACACGCGCGGACAAACACCAGAAACGACACGUAUAUAGGGAUACACGGUGUGCGCGCGAGUCUCCCGAAACCAGCCAAGUCCAAAGUCCUUAAUCCCGUGGGGUGAUUCUGGCCCCGCCCGUACGCGAAGGAACCACACCCCAGCGAGAGAGAGAAAGAGAGAGAGAGAGAGAGAGAGAGAGUGAGUGAAAGCGGUGGAGGAGAAUUCAGGGUCCGGAUUUAGCAGGCUCCCCGGUGAUGAGAGCGACACGUUGCGGGAGUUGAAGCGGCUGCCGAGAAGCGGCGAGGAAGUGGCGAGGUUCGUGAAAAUCGGCACCGGAGGCGUACGAUCCGGGCAGCGGUAGUGGUGGCGGAGCGGCAGGGGUACUAUGGGAGCGGGGGUAUGGGGGGCGGAGGAGGGCUACAAGCCACGGACCUCCGGCGAAGGCUCGAGUUCCAGUGUACCGGAGGAACUUGUUCGCAGGGUCUUCGGUCCCUAAGACACGACAGCUACCAUGCCACCGAGGAGAACGCAGCGUGUGACGACCACGAGGACAGGAGGACUGACCACGAGGCGAUCCUCGCUUCCGGUCAGCCCACCUGCACAGGCUGUCGACCGUAUAGACGCCAGGAGAACGAAGAGGUUGAGAAGAAGGAGAUUCUGAAGCGACGCAUGCCCGAAUCGAAUGGGAUCGGUGCGGUGUCCUGGAAGCUGCGGCUUUGUCUGGGCUUUUUCGAACACGCGAGAAAUAACACGGAAGAGGACGACGAAGGAAAGAGGCAUCGGUUACGGUGGUGUCGCAGGGACUUUCGACGAAUCGUGGAAGUGGCGACGAGAGCUCUGCUACUUGGUAUCGCGCUCCUCGUCACGCCAGGACUCUGUCAACAGGACGCGGUGCACAUCACGGCUAUCCUCGGGGAGAGCGUUGUCUUCAACUGUCACGUAGAGUUCCCCGGUGAGCACCCAGUGCCCUACGUUCUCCAAUGGGAGAAGAAGGUAGGCGACACGGAGACACCGAUAUACAUAUGGUACGAGUCGUAUCCAACCCACAGUGGCGAGGGAUACGAAGGUCGUGUCUCGAGGGUGAGCGAGAAUUCGCCGUACGGCCAGGCCAGCCUCAAUCUGACGAACAUCCGCGAGAGCGAUCAAGGAUGGUACAAGUGCAAGGUCGUCUUCCUCAACAGGUCACCCAACAGUCACAAGAACGGUACCUGGUUUCAUCUAGACGUCCACGCGCCACCCAGAUUCAGCAUAACGCCGGAUGAUAUGAUAUACGUGAAUCUGGGCGAUGCGAUAAUACUCAACUGCCAGGCUGAGGGUACUCCAACGCCAGAGAUCCUUUGGUACAAGGACGCGAAUCCCGUCGAGCCCAAUGGUCGAGACGUUGGGAUAUUCAACGACGGCACCGAGCUCAGGCUCUCGACGAUCAAGACCGAGGACAUUGGCGAUUACACCUGCAUCGCCAGGAACGGGGAGGGCCAGAUCAGCCACACCGCGCGCGUCAUUAUCGCGGGUGGAGCCGUCAUUACGUUGCCGCCGACAAAUCAAACGAAGCUAGAAGGCGAGAAGGUGCAGUUCUCCUGCGAGGCGAAGGCUCUCCCGGGUAACGUGACGGUGCGCUGGUUUCGCGAAGGCGCCCCCGUUACGGAAGUCUCGGCCCUGGACACCCGAGUGUCUAUCAAGAUAGACGGCAGUCUGGUCAUCAACCCCGUCAGUGCCGAUGACUCCGGUCAAUACUUAUGCGAGGUCACCAACGGCAUCGGCGAUCCUCAAACUGCUAGCGCCUACUUGAACGUCGAGUACCCGGCGAAGGUGACAUUCACCCCCACCGUUCAGUACCUGCCGUUCCGUCUGGCCGGUGUGGUCCAGUGUUACAUAAAAGCCAACCCGCCCUUGCAAUACGUGACCUGGACCAAGGACAAGCGCCUACUUGAGCCUUAUCAGACGAAGGACAUCGUUAUCAUGAACAAUGGCUCCCUGCUCUUUACACGGGUCAAUGAGAAUCACCAAGGCAGAUAUACCUGCACGCCUUACAACGCCCAUGGCACGCAGGGCAGUUCGGGUCCGAUGGAGGUCCUUGUACGAAAUCCGCCUGUCUUCACCCUUGAGCCGGACUCGAUGUACACGAAGAAGGUCGGCGAGACGGUCGAGAUGCACUGCGACGCUCAAGAGGCCGAGGGAACGCAGAAACCGUCGAUACAAUGGCAACGGAAGGACGGCGGACCCAUCCAACGCACCCGCACGAAAAUCGUCGGCGGCAAUAUAACCAUAGAGAGCCUACGACGCGCGGACUUCGGGUUUUAUCAGUGCACCGCCUCCAACGAAGUCGCUACUAUCUCGGCCUCGACGCAGCUGAUAGUCGAAGGCACGCAACCCCAUGCACCUUACAACGUGUCAGCCACUGCCACGCAAUUUUCGGUAGCGCUAACUUGGUUACCAGGCUAUUCCGGUGGUCCUGAUUACAAGCAAGAUUAUACAAUCUGGUACAGAGAAACAGGAAUUUCGGACUGGAAGACAAUCCCCGUGACUCCAUCGGGCAGCACGACGGUGACGAUCAACAAUCUCACGCCAAGUACACUCUACGAGUUCCAGGUAAUCGGGAAGAACGCUCUGGGCGAGGGAAUGAUGAGCAAAGUCAUCACAAUCAGGACACUCGGCGUUGCUCUGACACAAUCGGCCACCCCUUCCGCGCCUGAUCAACCCGCCUCACCGGAAAGUGACAUCCUUGAUUAUAAUACACUCGUAUUACCGACCGAUUCCACAGGAAAUCCCAUGCUUCCAAUAAUCGUUCGACCGAAAGGACCAAAGCCAGGUAUUCCCCGGAACCUCACGGUGACGGAAAUCAGCAACGGUUUCCUGAUAACCUGGCAAACUCCUCUAGAAAAGAGCCAUCUUAUCCAAUAUUAUACUAUCAAGUACAAGACGGACGGACCUUGGAAAACGCUCAACAAGGGCCAAAUACGACCCGAGGAUACCAGUUAUUUAGUGAAGAACCUGGUCGGUGGUAGGACCUACUAUUUCCAAGUGUUGGCCAAUUCGGCUACGAAUUACGGUGCGAGCGAACAGGUGAAGUUUCCCGUGCCGGCUCGAGUGAAGCACAAAGCGAUCACCGCGGGCGUCGUAGGCGGCAUCCUCUUCUUCCUCGUCGCCAUCAUCCUCAGCAUAUGCGCGGUGAAGAUAUGCAAUAAACGGAAGAGACGAAAACAGGAGAAAGAACUGCUUUCAGCGUAUAAUAUGGUGGCCUGCCGGGUCACCGACGCCAGGAACGGCGCAGGGCAGGGGCCCCAGGGAACAGUGCCUUUGAAAAAACCUAGAAAAAGCCGAGUACCAGGUUUAAGCCUCCUGAAGGAGAUCCUGAGUCCGGAUACCCCGGACUCGUGCCGCUGUCGUCCGCUGGGCAAGAUCUCGCGGGCGGCCGACGGUCGCUUCGUCGUCGCGGACUCGGUUCUCAGCUCGGCCAACAACAGCAUCCUGGACGUCUCGAGCAGCGACGACGGCGGGUUCCUGCCGAAGCAGCGGAUCAAGUCCUCGUGGCGACGCCCGCUGGUCGGCAUCAGCCAGCUCAGCCUGAGAUCCGAUGGUAGCGGAGUAUCGAUAGGUCCUCUGCCGUCGGCCUAUCAUCACCAUCAUCACGGCGCGAUCAACUCCCUGGCGAUCCCGGCCGUGAACGUCUGCGCGAUCGCGUCGCCCAGGUUCCUCGCCAGUUCGCCGAGCGGGACCCAGGUGCCCUGGAGCCCGCUGUAUUUCAGCGAUCUCAGCUCGGUCAAGCAACCAUCCUCCGGCGAACGUUCCUUCCCGACGCCACCCGGCUACCUGCAGCUCCGUAGCGUGCACCAGCGAUACAGCCAGGAGUUACCGUCGCUCAAGGCGAUCCACGCCGAGUCCAGGCGAUUCGUGCCGGUUCAGCCGCUGGCGACGUCAUCGCCGCCGCAGCCAGCCGGACGACCCAGAGCGAGGCUGCCGCCGAGACACGCCAGGCACGCCCGAUCGGCGCCGGAGCUCGCGGCCUCGCCCGAUCUGGAGACCUCACCCGAGAGUAGAUCGAGCAGUUCGGGUUUCGGUAGUAAGAACACCUCGCAGCAGAACCAGAGCUCGAGGAGCGGUAGCACGGUCGCCGAGUGGCGACCGCCACCCUACAGGCCACCCCCACCGCCUCUGGUGGGUCGCUGGCUCGAGCUUCAGGACCAGGCCAAGGUGGGGCAUACGCACAUACAGAACGCCGUGGACGCCGGCAGCGUCGACGGCCAUUACGAGUUCGAUCCGGUGUCGUGCACCCCGACGCCUACAUCGGCCUCGACGCCCACGCGGGAAGAGAGACCGCCGAUGCAUCAGAUCCACGCCAUUCACGUUCCCCACAUCCAUCAGGUGCACACGGUACAUCAUCAAGCGCCGAGGUACAGCAGGGAAAACAUAGAGGCCAGAGUACAAGCGAUGAAGGAGGAGUUCCAUCAGUUUCGCCAGCGACAGGCGAGAAGAAAGCAGAGCGCGCACUUGGAAAGCGCGUGUUGAGACAGUCGAAAGACCAGAUUUUUCAUCAUCGAUCGAUCGAUGGUUUUAGCGAAUAGAGUUCGAUACACGAUGUGUGGAGAGACAACGCUUCAUUCAAGCCGGAACGGUACGGUAGAUACGAUGGUGAGCAGUGGUCAUUAUACGGAGGAAAAAAUUAACAAUUUAAGACGUGACGAUGAGUUUACACUUUAAGAGCUGGCUCGGAGAAAGCUAGAUUCAAAUCGCGAUUACAAAGGUUUUGAUACUGGCUUUUAUCUAUCAUAGAGAAUCGCGUUUCAACACGACGAUGACGAUGACGACGACAUGAUCAUCACCGAAGACCAAUCACCGCAGCACAACGAGGAUCAUCAUCACACGUGAUUCCGCAUGAGAGGAGUUAAGUCAAUUCUAGUAGCUGGACAUCCAUCUACGAAAGAAGGCUGUUAUAAGCAUCAGCUCAGGAUACAUAAGUUUCGCACGACCACGGGAGACAGGAGCGACGUAGUAAAAGAAAAAAAAACCGUACGUUAUAAGACGUUAAUAAUCCCUUCGGAGUCUCGUCCGAAUUAAGAGGACCGUCGAGUAUAUUCUUCGGGGAAAAUAAUCUCGAUAUCAUUUACCCAGCGACGCUCUACGACCUCGGUCGCGCUGGGACAAUAAUAUAUAGAAACGAAGUGCGUAAACGAAAACGUUCGCGAAUCCGAUUAUUAUAUUGGUCAUAUCCCGCGUACACCAACCGCGCCUACGUCCGGUUUAGAGGACCGUGAUUUUUAACGUUAUUAUAUAAUAUUGUAGAGGAACACAUACUGACAAGUUUACACAAGGACGAAAAUAAAGGGAGGACAUUUCUUUUUUUUUUUUUUUCAUUUUUUUUUCUAUUCAGUGGAACUGUCUUAGAGCUAGGAAAAGUGCGCAGAGAGAAGAUGACAACACUCCCGGCUGGCUCAAAGGGAUGCUAAUAUAAAUAAACGAGACGUCGUCCGCAUCGCAAUCGGGACGAGAGGGAGAAGAAAGAAACGGAAGGGAAGGAAAAAAAAGAAAGCGAGAAAGGAAUAGUUACAUGCGUUUCGGCAUGAUACUCCAAAGAAACUGUACCACUGUACAUGCUCCGUAUACCUUUUAAACGAAAUGUAAGGUUAAAUUUAAUCGUACACUGUAAGUAAUAAUUAAAGAAAAAAAAACGAAAGAGAAAAACAAAAAAGUAAGAUAAUCGAAGAAUUACACAACACAUACACACACACACACACAGAGAGACAGAUACACACAUACAAAAUAAAUAAUUAUAUCGAUGAGCAAUGGACUCGAAACGUGAUAUUAGGCCGAAGCUUGCCUCGAGAUUGCUUAAGGACUCACUCGUACUGCACUGCCUGUUUAGGGUUUCGCUAGCGACCCAACAUAUUAUCGGCACAAUAAUUUUUCUUAAGCAACGUAAAACGAGAAUAAGAAUAACGUUCUAUGAAUCUACGCGCGUUCGGCCGGUAUAGCGCGACAAUUGCACGCGCACGCUCGUCAUCCGGAGAUCUACCGGUCGUCCUUUUCGAAAUUAUGUAGAUUAGCGAUGACGCGAGCACGUUGAACGGACGACGGACUCUCGAUCGGAUUCGAAAGAAAAAAAAAUAAUAAUAAUAAGGAAAAUCAUACACGAAGGAGAAGAGGAGUCUUUUUUUCUCUCAACGAACUGCCAAUAAAGAAGAUCCGAUCGCGCGCUCGGAUUGAUCUCGUGCGAAAGGAGCGUCGACGUUGAAUAAAUAAGUAAAACUAAAAAUAUAUUUAAGCGAGGAGAAGAGGACGACCGAUAGAGAGAGAGACACGCGACCGUCAUCAACCGGAAGAGGCGUGCGCGUGCACACACACGCGCCGAUCACGCCGGAAUUCGUGUGUGUGUGUAUUAGGGAGGAAAGGGAGUUAUAUAAAAACACACAAAAAUCGACACACUCAUUCACACGCGACAGCGUGUAUAUAAAUAUACACAAUUAUACGCUGCAGAGACACACACACACAGACAUACGAACACAGAGGACACACACAAUAUGAGAGAAGCGUUCUUCGAGACCCACCUAAUUCUCACCAAACGCAUCAGAUCAUCUCGAGUCUCGUGAGAUCGGGGGCCGGCGAUCGCCGAUCGAGGGGGUUUUCGGGGCGAAUCUACGGGCUAAUUCAGUGUCGAGCUGCGCGACCUAACGCGAGAACGUGUCCCACGUGUUUCGCGGACACGUCCACGAUUAAGGAGAGACCGGCGGCGCACUCGCGUUCCUCUUACCCUUUUUUUCUAAACUCUCUCUCUCUCUCUAUAUAUAUAUAUAUAUAAAUAUUAUAUAUAUUAUACAUACGGGCGACCGUGAAGACACCCCACGUGGAAUCGCGAUCGGCCCGGCCCGCGACCCCAGGCAUUUUACUUUCUUUAUAGUACAAACACUUAUUUAUAUAUACGUACGCAUAUUAUACAUAUUUAUUAUAAAUAUUAGCAAGGGCCCUACACUCUCACGAUUCAACUAUACUUCGACGAACCGUAAUGGCGAGAGGAGAAUGAAGAAGAAGAAGAAGAAGAAGAAGAAGAAGAAGAAGAACGAUGAUGAUGAUGAUAAUGAGUAAGGAGUGGCGGUGAAACGUCACUUCCGUCGAGACGGAACGCUCUGUACAAUUUCGUUAAAAUACGCAUAUAUGCAUGCGUGCGUGCGUGCGAGAGAAGAUGAAUGUUGCGGAAUGAUGAGGCUGAAUGAACGGAGUGCGAACGCGCGACAGUGUAUGGGUUAGAACGCGAGAGCAAAUGCGGUUGUUGAAACACAAGACGAAGCAUAAUGUAACACACACGAUCACGCAGAGAUAUAAAGCAAAAGAAUAAAAAUAAUAAAAAAGAAUACGAUAAAAAAGUUACGGAGGUGACGCGAAAGAGUACCAAUAUUCUAAAGUAAUUCUAAUGGUUGAAUUAAUAAUUUGAUAAUUAAUUGAUAUUGUAAAUCGUAAACGAUGUAGCGUGUAGCGUAUUAAUCAACGAGAUCGACGAGAACGCGGCGAGUAUUUAUUAAUUAUUAUAUCCGCGCGGAGGAAUAAUUAUGAUAAAAACGGGGGAGGUGGUACACCUUGUGAAGAAUUCGCGCUGAAGGGAUUCCAUCAUCGUGAAAGAUCGUUGACAUAUACGUUAUUAUUAGCGAUAUACAUAAACGUAUCGGGCGCGUGAGAAGAUGCAUGUAAUGCUGAAAGGUGUCAAGGGAAUAGAAAUAAAUUUUUCUCGGAUCAAUCGCGGGGACAAAUCUCGCGUGGACGCUGAGAUGAAACGCUUUCGGCAAAGUGGUGAUAAAAUAAAACGCUUUGUAAUCGUACACGAAAGAUAUACACACCCUCUCCCUUCGACGAAUGAAUGGAUGCAAACAAGAGGAAGAAUCGCGUACGUGAGAGAAGGUGAUCCAACCGAUAUAUAGAUGUAUAAGUAACGUGUAGAUAUAUAUCAUAGUUAGAUACAACGAUCUCAAAAAAGGUCACGCUGUAUGAACGAUCGCGAUAAAUGUGCGAAUGAAUGAAAGGCGCGUAAAACGAAGAGAGAAAAUGAAAGUGAGAGAGAGAGAGAAAAGUAAAUGAAAGAAGAGCGUAAGAAAGCGAGAGACAGAGAUGGAGAGAAUUUUGAACGAUCUUCCGCGUUAUCCUCGAGCCUACGUAGCGCGAAAAAAAAUGGCUCAUACGACAAGAUGAAUAUGUUCGAAACAUGUCCGAUGACGGAAAAGUGAGUCUAGGGAAACUGUGAAAGUAUAUCGUGGUUCUGUUGCGCGAGAGAAAGAUUAGGAAGAAAGAACAGGAUUAUAGAAUGAAAUGACAGUUUUUCGCUUGACGGCGUGUUUAUGGAUAAUAUGGUUGAAUCGUGAAUCCGUUCGUGUAAAAAGAAAAGAAACUUCAUCAUCACCCCCGUCACGUUAUACUUUUGUUAUUCGUUCGCGAAUUCCUUUUUCAUGACCCGUGUGGAUUGAUUUGUUUGUCGUUGUCAUCGCGCGUUUUGCGUUUGCGUAUCCUCGCCAGCAUCGCAAUUUAAUCUCGCGCGAGUUUGUGAGCGAAACGUCGUGAUUCGUGGAUUAAUUCAUUCGAGUGUUUCGUUCGUUAUUGUACCUGAAAGCCAAUCGCGGCAUGACGCAUUGUUUGUAAUUCGCGAGCGAAAUUCCGCGGCCUCCUCGAAGCAGAGACGUUCGCCGAGAGAUUUUGACAUUUCGCGAUUCAUGGCAGCUUCUCGACACGUUCAACAGUCGAAACUUGCGCUUAUAUUUCGCUUAUUAAUCGGUUCGUGUUAGAAAAAUUCUAAUUGUAGAUAGUUAUAAAUAUGUAUUCCGCAUAAAAUGCAAUCGCGCAACUAUUGUGACUAUUCGCAAAAAGCGAACGCUUGACAGAUACGACGAUGACAGAUUGCAAAUGAAGCAUUAGAUAAGUAUGUAAAAAUUCAUAGUUAGUAAAUCUCUCUCCGCGAUCUCUCAUAUUUAAAUCACGAUUAUUGUAAAAACCUUGAAAAUACUUUAGUACAUCCGCAAUAAUAAAUAUUCAGCGUCUUUAGUGACAGAGAUUUAAAUUGCAAAAAGCGACGAUACUGCUUCGAGGUAGUACAGUGCGCGCGUAAGAGAUGAAUAUUUGAUUCGAAUAGCACGUGUAAGAGAUGCUAAUUUGACGUGAAAUAUGCCAGUGUCGUACAUUACCGCGAUACUAUAUCGGUCGAAUAAAAUCACGUCCCUCGGUCGAACGCGAAACGCACGUUCAUGUCAAAUCCAACCAAAUGGCUCUCGGGUACUGCGUUUCUCGCUUGGAUCUGCGAUUAUCUGACUCGCUUCGAAUCUCUUGAGUUUGACAAUCUUACGAGAUGAUAUUUUCUGGCAAUAUAAUAUUUUAGAAUUUUUAUUUCAUUUUUUUUUAUCUUAAGUCUGUACGCUCUCUCGCAAAAUUUCAAGAUUGUCGCAGUUCCAAGCACGGCAUUACGUCAUCGUACAUUGGCAAUAUUGCUAAUAAUAUUUGUUACGAACUGAAGGAAAAAGAUAGAGAGAGAGCAAAGAAUUUUUUUAUAUUCUUCUAGAUUAUAUAUCUAUUAUAUAUAUAUAUUUUUUUUUGUUUCUUGUUGAGUCGUUUCAGAAUAUACUUCCACACUUAUAAUCGUUAGCCUUCUCACGCCCUACAUCGAAUUGCUUCUAUACACACAUGUAACGUUCUUCUGUACUGUCUAUCCUCACUUCCGCUUAUUCUCGACUAUAUCCGCCGUCAAAAAAAAACUUGUACACGGUGCGUUAAAUCGUUUCGUUGUCACUUUUGUAAAUGCUCGUUGUUCACCUCCAUACCCAGUUUAAUUGAAUGAUCUAUGCUUUCUCGCGAACCCCCCCACGAGAACUCCAAGACGUACUAACUUAGGACAAAUUGUAGACAAUUUAUUAUUAAAUAAAAUGAAAAAUAAAUCGACAUUUGAAACGAAAUAAGCAACGUUUCCAGCA